GAGGCAUUUGGGUUGUGUCGGCCAUGCAGCGGCUGCUCCCUUUCGCAGUUCUGGCUUCCGCUGAUGUACGGCAGCUGCAGUUCGAUUGGAUCCCAGACAUCAACGGCUUGGACCCGCUGACGCCUUCCUCCAGCGCUUGCAGCUCCGGGCUCCUGGACUUGGCCCUGCGGGGCGCCGGCCGUGCGGCGGCCAAGGCGCUGCAGAACCACAACGCCAGGAGCGCAGAGUUGGGUGAGAGGAACUUUACUCGCCUCAGUGACCUGGGGCCAAAUCUUGAUGAGGCGCAGUAUGGCACCUUCCAGGGGGUCAACAUUGUCUUGCUUGAGGGCACUGACGUGCACACUGUGGACAAUGCAGCCAAGGAGGUGGACUCCAAUGUUUGGUGCAAGUUGGGGCUGACACAGUGCGGUCACAAGGGAGUGGCCGCUGACUUGCACAGCAAGCUGCCUUCGGCGUUCAAGCAGCCCAAUGUGGUGUGCGUCGGCUUCAGUCGAGGGGUUUGGCUUGUGACGACAUAUGCUACAAUGUACCCAGACAAUUGCGGCUAUGUCAUCACUUCGGGCUCCCCUGGGCAGAUGUAUGAUAGCACUCCAUACUCCUGGGUGGUGGCGUUUUAUUCUCCAAUUGACAUGGUUGACAACUUGGGCAUUGUCACUUCUGAUGAGCGAGUCAUGGUCUCAUGCGAGCACGAUCCUGGGUGCUAUGCGCGGGAGGUCAUCAGCUGGACUGGUGAGAACAUCUCGGAUGAGCAGCGCUCUGCGCUUGCGCACUGUGGGAUGGCCAAGGGCUCUCGCUUGAUCAGCGUAGCGGCUUCAGGCCAUUUGUGGCUUGUGAGCUUGGCAUUCCUACUGCUGGCACUCUGAGGACGAGGCAAUGGAUGCAAAGUUAGGCAGGCUUAAGCGACACUGGUCAGAAUCGCUACUUGC